AAAGUUCUCAAAGAAAACAUUUCUUUGACGAACUAUCUUCUUCUCCACGAAACGCUUAGGGUUUAUCUUUUGUUUGAAGCGAUGUGUUUUUGUUCAUCAGAUUGCUUCGUCUACUUCGUCCUCUCCGUUGCUUUAGCUUUCAUGGCCAUCUCCAGCACUCUACGCUCACCUCCAGAUUCCGAACCCACCAUACCCAUUGCUUCUUCAUCUUCUCUCUCUUUAAACGCCUCAAACGCUCUACGCCAAUCCAAUUUCAAAGCAAUCGCCACUCUUCUCCACAUCUCCCCUGAGAUCUUCCUCUCUUCUUCUCGUAACACAACCCUCUUUGCCAUCGAAGAUGCUUCCUUCUUCAACACGUCAUCUCUUCAUCCUUUGUUUCUCAAGCAGCUUCUUCAGUAUCACACACUCCCUCAUAUGCUUCCAAUGAAUGACCUUCUUAAGAAGCCUCAAGGAACCUGUCUCUCAACGCUUCUCCACCACAAGAGUGUCCAAAUCUCCACCGUAGAUCAAGAAUCAAGAACAGCAGAAGUGAAUCAUGUCCGUAUCUCACAUCCCGACAUGUUUCUUGGAGAUUCAUUGGUUAUUCACGGAGUUCUUGGACCAUUCUCUCCUCUGCGACCUCACAGUGAUCAUCUUCUCCAGACACCUUUAUGUCAAUCUGAUACAAGAAACAAAACCAGUGACAACGACGAAGUUCCGGUUAACAUAGACUGGAUUCGGAUUGUUCAGCUGCUAAGUUCAAAUGGGUUUGUGCCAUUUGCAAUUGGAUUACACUCUGUUCUCAAUAGGAUUGUGAACGAUCAUCAUCACAAAAACUUGACCGGUGUAACGAUUCUAGCCACACCGAAUCUGGUCUCGUUGUCAUCUGCUUCUCCGUUUCUGUAUGAAGUUGUGAGACAUCACAUUCUUGCUCAACGGCUAACAAACAAAGAUUUUGCAUCAAUGCCUAAUAAUGCCUCAGUGAAGACAUUGGAUCCUUACCAAGAUCUCAUAAUCACGAGAAGAAAUGACAAUUCUUCAUCUGGAGAUUUCAUGAUUUCUGGAGUUGAGAUUGUAGAUCCAGAUAUGUUCUCUUCUUCAGAAUUUAAGGCGAUGAAGAGAUUCGAGAGGCCAAGAACUUCGACUCACUCGCAGCCAAGAACCAGUACCAAUUCAGCGAAGAAAGAUCAGAAACCGCGUAGUAGUAGUAAAGGGAAUGGUCUGAAACCGUUGAAUGCGGCUCAGCUGGUUUCCAGAGUUUUAGAUGCGACAGCUUCUGAGCCAUCUUCAACUGCUGUAACUGAUUCAACUACUGGUUCAGAGUCUUCUGAAGUCUAUGACAAUGUGAAUGUGCAUUACAUGGAUGAUGCUAAUGAUAAAUCAAGAAAUGAUGGGAAUCUGGUGGAUUGUCAAGAAGAAGGUAAUGGUGAUGAAUCAGACUAUGAAGCAAACAAUGAGUCUGUGUUUUCGUCUCAAGGUGAUUUGAUUUCCCAUGAAGAUAAGAAAUCAGAAAGGCCAUCAAUGGUUUCCAAGAGCAAAAGCUCCCAGGAUAGACCUUUUACAUCUAAAGGACGUACCAACAUUAGUGAUUCGGUUAGAUCUCGAUCCAAUACCUUCCACGGCUCUGCUAGAAAGACCGUAAGAUCAAGUAAAAGUCAGGCAAAAGCUUUGUCUGAAUUCUCUUCUUAUAGAAGCUCUGAAAACCACAGGGUUCUCUCUCCUGCUUCACCAGUUGAUUCCACGCCUUUUGAGGAGGCGAAAGAAGAUGAUGAGUUUGAAGAUGCUUUGAAUAGCGUUAAUAACACUGAAAGUGACAAUGAAACGACACUUGUGUACAAGGAGAACAAAAGGAGUGAAGUGGAGAAAGUCUUAACUCAAAAGAUUGAGACCAUGGAAACUCGAAUCGAGAAACUUGAAGAAGAGCUGAGAGAAGUUGCUUCUCUUGAGAUGUCACUAUACUCUGUAUUUCCAGAACAUGGGAGCUCAUCACACAAGCUGCACAAACCUGCAAGAGAUCUUUCUAGACUCUAUGCACUUGCUAGAAAAAAUCGAAGUGAGAACAAGUUAAUCUCAGUAACCAAAAACAUUGUGUCUGGUCUGUCCUUGUUGCUGAAAUCCUGUGGAAGUGAUGUAUCGAGGUUAACUUACUGGUUGUCCAACACUGUUAUGUUGCGAGAGAUCAUUUCAGAGGAAUUUGGUGGCACAAAUCUAAAUGGAUCUAAUUCUCUUAAAGAAGAUUGGACCGAUGUUAGAACUCUGAUAGCGGCACUAAGAAGAGUUGAAAGAUGUUUAUUCACCCAAGCAGUUGAAUCUAUAUGGUCACAGGUAAUGAUGGUUUAUAUGAGACCUGAAGGAGUAGACUCGACGAUGGGUGAAAUGAUCGGUAAUUUUGCAGAACCAGCAACAUGUGACCGGUUACAAGAGAGCUUUUCUGUUAACCUAUGGAAAAAAGCUUUUGAGGAGGCUCUUCAACGGCUCUGUCCUGUUCAAGCAACAAGGCGUCAAUGUGGUUGUUUGCAUGUAUUGACCAGAAUGGUAAUGGAGCAAUGCAUUGUAAGACUUGAUGUGGCUAUGUUCAAUGCUAUUCUCCGUGAGUGGGCUCAUCAGAUACCGACUGACUCUGCCUCUGAUCCCAUUGCUGACUCAAGAGUUCUGCCAAUUCCAGCAGGGGUUUUGAGCUUUGAAUCUGGCGUGAAACUAAAAAACACGGUUGGCUACUGGUCGAGAUUGCUGACAGACAUCUUUGAGCUCAAUGUUGAUCAUUCUCCGGAAAAGGAGCAACAAAUGCAAAGAGGAGAUGAGUCAUUUAAACCUUUCCAUUUGCUCAAUGAACUGAGUGAUCUCCUUAUGCUUCCAAAAGAAAUGCUUGUGGAUAGUUCCACCAGAGAUGAGGUCUGCCCAUCAAUUGGCCUGAGUUUGAUAAAAAGGAUAUUAUGCAAUUUCACCCCGGAUGAAUUCUGCCCGUACCCUGUUCCAGGAACUGUUCUUGAGGAACUCAAUGCUCAGAGCAUACUUGAGAGUAGAAGCUCAUCUGGAGAUGCAACUAGAUGCUUUCCUCGGCAAGUCAAUCCGGUUUCAUAUUAUCCCCCUUCUUGUAGCCACUUGACAGACAUUGUUGCAGAGUUCACUGUCAAACUUAAGCUUUCUAUGACACAAAAAAAAGGAUACAGCCGCAACGAGGAGGUAGACACAUCAAGAUCUCCUCCAUACUACAACAUCCUUAAAGGGGCUGAAGAAAAGGAUGCCAUCAAUUUUUCUCAGACUAACGAAAGAUACAGACUCCUUGGAGAAGCCUAAACCUGGCUAAAUGACCAGAAAGCGCCUGCAGAAAUUCAAA